AUGGCAGCACAACGUUCACAAUGGCAGCACACCGUUCACGAUGGCAGCACACCGUUCACGAUGGCAGCACAACGUUCACGAUGGCAGCACACCAUUCACGAUGGCAGCACAACGUUCGCAAUGGUAGCAGAACUUUCACAAUGGCAGCACACCGUUCACGAUGGCAGCACAACGUUCACAAUGGCAGCACAACGUUCACGAUGGCAGCACACCGUUCACGAUGGUAGCACAACGUUCACAAUGGCAGCACAAUGCUCCCAUUCCUCCGAUUCCGCAGAGACUUCUGUUGGCUAUGAUUACGAUUAA